AGUGCAGUAAGUGAUGACCUCGCAUCCGCAUAAAUAUAUAAAAAUUUAAAACAAAAAAAAUGGAACAAACCUUUUUUGGGGUUUCUCUCUUGUGUCAAAAAACGACCGAAUAUACAUUAUUUAGAUUCACGUUUCAGAUCCCAUCUCUCUCUCUCUCUCUCUCUCUGAAUUUUCAACCAAAAGGUAAAGAUCUCCUCUGAAAAAAAAAGAAAAAGAAAAAAGAAUUGAAUGCUUGUUGUUCAGGGAUGAUGGUAUGAAUUCGAAGGAAGAAAGGGUAGUAAUAAGUCAAAAAUGGAGUUGUGGGGAGAUCACUCGGAUGUGGAAUCGGAUUCGGAAUGGGUUCGAAAAGUUAGCGCUAAUGGGGUUAGCAUGAAAACAACAGAAGUUGAAGCCAAGCUCGAUCAAGGAAAUAUUCAAGAGGCUGAAGCUUCAUUACGGGAAGGCUUAUCACUCAAUUUCGAGGAAGCAAGAUCCCUUCUUGGAAAGUUAGAGUAUCAAAGAGGUAAUGUAGAAGGAGCUCUUCGUGUGUUUGAGGGCAUUGAUCUGCAAGCUGCUAUACAGAGAUUGCAGCCUUCCCUUGCUGAAAAACCGUCUUCCAGGAGGGGUCGCUUUCGCACUGAAUCAGUGCACGCAGUCUCACAGCAUGCUGCAAGCCUGGUUCUUGAAGCCAUAUACUUAAAAGCCAAGUCUCUUCAAAAGCUGGGGAGAGUAAGUGAGGCUGCUCAUGAAUGUAAAAGCGUGCUUGAUGCUGUGGAAAAGAUAUUCUAUCAGGGCAUACUUGAUGUUCAAGUUGACAAUAAAUUGCAAGAGAUAGUCACCCAAGCUGUAGAGCUCCUUCCAGAUCUCUGGAAGCAGGCUGGUUUCUAUCAUGAAGCAAUUGCUGCUUACAGACGUGCCCUUCUUAGUCAAUGGAACCUUGAUAAUGAUUGCUGUGCUAGAAUUCAGAAAGGCUAUGCAGUGCUUUUGCUGUAUGGUGGAGUGGAGGCUGGUCCACCCAGUUUAGCUGUCCAGAUUGAUGGUUCAUAUGUACCUAAAAAUAAUCUAGAAGAGGCAAUUCUACUUUUGAUGAUUCUUAUGAGGAAAUUUAUCCUUGGUAAGACCCAAUGGGAUCCAUCUGUAAUGGAUCACCUAACGUUCGCACUAUCUGUAUGCAGCCAAACACCUGUUUUAGCUAAGCAACUUGAAGAGAUCAUGCCUGGGGUAUAUCAUCGAGUUGACCGUUGGAAUUCUUUAGCUCUAUGCUACAGUGGAGCUGGACAAAACAAAGCUGCAUUGAAUCUAUUGAGGAAAUCUUUACAUAAACAUGAACGACCAGAUGACAUAAUCGCACUGUUAUUGGCUGCCAAGAUAUGCAGUGAGGAUUCCCAUCUUGCUGCUGAGGGAGUGGGGUAUGCACGGAGAGCAAUUAAUCUUGCUCAGGGGAUUGAUGAGCAUUUAAAGGGUGUGGGUCUUCGAACUUUGGGUCUUUGUUUGGGAAAACAAACUAAAGUUUCAUCCUCUGACUUUGAGAGGUCUCAUCUUCAGUCUGAAGCAUUGACGUCAUUAGAGGGGGCUAUUCCUUUGGAGCCUAAUAAUACUGACUUAAUUUUUGAGUUGGGUGUUCAGUAUGCAGAGCACCGAAAUUUGACUGCUGCUUUACGAUGUGCAAAGCAGUUCAUUGAUGAAACAGGGGGAUCCAUAUUAAAAGGUUGGAGAUUUCUUGCCCUGGUUUUGUCUGCUCAACAGCGAUUCUCAGAGGCUGAGGUGGUUACUGAUGCUGCUUUAGACGAGACUGCAAAAUGGGACCAAGGACCACUUCUCAGGCUGAAGGCAAAACUAAAAUUCUCCCAGUCAUUACACAUGGAUGCUAUUGAAACUUAUCGUUACCUCCUUGCAUUGGUUCAAGCUCAAAGGAAAUCAUUUGGGCCUCCUAGAAUUCAGGCUGUGGAUGAUAAAGUCAAUGAAUUUGAAAUUUGGCAUGGUCUGGCAAAGUUAUACUCUAGUCUUUCACAUUGGAAGGAUGCAGAGAUAUGCUUGGGAAAGGCUAGAGAGCUAAAACAGUACUCUGUAGAAGCACUGCACACAGAAGGUCUUGUCUUCUUGUAAUGAUAAACUCCAGUUGAGACUGGUCUGGAACCAGCACCAUCCUAACUCAUAAAAAUAUCUUGGCAAUGUACUUAGAUGAUGAUAUUUUCAAACAUACUUGGGCAUGGUUGGCCUAAGAGUUAUGCAGCAUUAAGGUAGCCCUCAUCCUUCCCAAAACCCUUGCAAUCCAUAGUGAAGGAAGAAUUUGAUCCAAGUUUCUGGUAGGAUGUUGAGAGGCUUACCAAGCAAGGAUGCCAAGAGACCUUACUGGUUAACCAAUUAGCACUUUUGAUAACGUAUACUUUUACCAUGUAGUUCUUUAAAUGAUUUUAAUUUUAAUUUUUAAGCACAAGUUCCUUGUUUCUUGUGCCUAACUUUGAAAGUAAUUCGACACACUCUUCACAAGGUGUAUAAAUCUAGAUAUAUUAUCCAUUAUCUCAUGAAAUUUUGACAUAUCACAUUGAUCGGUCAUCAAUCUAAGAUUAAUGUAGUCUAAUUGUCCUUUCAAAUUCUGCAUUUAGAAUUCUGGAAUCAGUUCUUAGACUUUGCAUGAUUAAAUUCUUUAUGUAAUUUGAUAUAUAAACAACUGGUGUGGUCCGAUCAAUUUCUAGGUGUCAAAAAAGCUUUGCUAGACUUAACUUACCUUGAGUUUGUUGGUGAGACCUAAAUAUUUAAGGCACAAUUUGUUUUGGAGAAGAUGGAAUGUAGGCUGUUUGGAAGAAGUUAUAUUUGUCAAAGGGAGGCAGGCUAACACUGUUGAAAAAUGCGCUUUUGAGUUUACCAACAUAUUCUCUCUCUCUUUAUUUACUAUUCCCUCUAUCAUUGUUAAUAAUAGGCUGAAGAGAUUAUAGAGAUGUUUUUUGUGGGGUGCCUUGGAUGAGAAGUUCAAAUCCUCUUUGGUGUGUGGGACACAAUUUGUUCUGCCAUUGUGUAGGUGGUUUGAGUAUUAGGAAGUUUAAACAAGUCUUAUUAAGAAAAUGGUUAUGGCUUUAGGAAUGAAGACGCAAAUUUUCAGCAACAGGUGGUAGCUAUGAAGUAUGAGGCUUUGAGAAUGAGGCACGUCUUUAUGGUGUCGGGUAAUAGCUAUGAAGUACUGGGAGGAAUAGGGAAAAUAGACUUCAAAAUCGGUUAUAUGGACUUAUGGGUGUAGCUUAUUAAGAAGUAUUAGGGCUAGGUGGGACAGUUUUCUUCAAUAUGUGUAUUUUGAUGUGGGGGACGACACACAAGCAAGGCUUUGGUAUUAUACAUGGUGUGGGAAUCAUUCUCUAAAGGAUGUGCCCUGAUUUUUAUGCCUACUCAGUUGAUAAAAAUGCCUCUGUUCAUUCAGUAAUGGAUAGGCAGUUGGAUGGGGAGGGGUUCUUCCACGGAGGUUUUCAUAAUUAGGAAUUGGAUAUUGGGAAUUGGAGUAAGUGAAUUUGAUAUUUAAAUAUCUGUAGGAGGGAGGGUUGUACUAAGGAGAGAUGGAGAUUGAAAGGGAGUGAUAGUUUGAUGUUUGCUCUUAUUAUUAGGCUAUUUGAGGCACCGAUGCUAAUGAUUUCCCUUGAAAGAGUAUUUGGCAUGUAAAGGCACCGAAGAGGGUUUAUUCUUUGUUACUAUAGCAGCUUGGAGGAAGAUUCCAACCUAUGAUGGGGAGGGGUUCUUCCACGGAGGUUUUCAUAAUUAGGAAUUGGAUAUUGGGAAUUGGAGUAAGUGAAUUUGAUAUUUAAAUAUCUGUAGGAGGGAGGGUUGUACUAAGGAGAGAUGGAGAUUGAAAGGGAGUGAUAGUUUGAUGUUUGCUCUUAUUAUUAGGCUAUUUGAGGCACCGAUGCUAAUGAUUUCCCUUGAAAGAGUAUUUGGCAUGUAAAGGCACCGAAGAGGGUUUAUUCUUUGUUACUAUAGCAGCUUGGAGGAAGAUUCCAACCUAUGAUGGGGAGGGGUUCUUCCACGGAGGUUUUCAUAAUUAGGAAUUGGAUAUUGGGAAUUGGAGUAAGUGAAUUUGAUAUUUAAAUAUCUGUAGGAGGGAGGGUUGUACUAAGGAGAGAUGGAGAUUGAAAGGGAGUGAUAGUUUGAUGUUUGCUCUUAUUAUUAGGCUAUUUGAGGCACCGAUGCUAAUGCUUUCCCUUGAAAGAGUAUUUGGCAUGUAAAGGCACCAAAGAGGGUUUAUUCUUUGUUACUAUAGCAGCUUGGGGGAAGAUUCCAACCUAUGAUAAUAUUGUCAGGGUUCUUAUAUUAAAAAAAAAAAAAAAAUGAUAAUACUGUCAAGGGUGGUUUCUUUUUUAUUGGUUGGUGUAAUGGGAAGACGGUAGAUCUUUAUAUGAUCCAUGGUGAUGUUGCAUAUGCUUUGUGGAGUGUAGUCCUUAGAGCUUUUGGGAUUAAAUGGGUGUUACCUAAGAGGGUAGUUGAUCUCAACCUUACUCGCCAUCCUUCUUAUGGCAAGAAGAACUGCGGUUUGAGAUAGAGCUCAUUGGUAAUAAUAAUAAUGAUUAUCAUUACUGUUAUUAUUAUAAUUAUCUGAUUGUGGUGAAUAGAUGCUUCUGUGUUUUCCGUGUUGAGUUCUAGGGGAGAAGGCAGAAAUCUCUACUGGAAUCUCAGAUUGAUUCAUAAUUUUCAUGAUUGGGAGCUGAAGAGGCUGGACUGCCUCAUUUAGUUAUUAUAUUCUCAUAUUUCUUUUGAUGGUGGUGCUUAUUCUAUGUUAUGUAGACUUACUAGUAAUGGUCAUUUUAGUGAAGUGUGGUUGCUGUUGUUAUCUGAUUGUGGCGGGUAGAUGCAUCAGUGUUUUCCUUGUUGUGUUCUAGAGCAGAGGAUAGUAAUCACUAUCGGAAUCUCAGAUUGAUUCAUAAUUUUCAUGAUUUGGAGCUGAGGGGGCUGUAUUACCUCAUUUAGUUAUCAUAUUCUUAUAUUUCUUUUGAGGGUAGUGCUGACUGUAUGAGAUGGAGACUUAUUAGCAAUGGUCAAUUUAGUGUGCAUUUGUCUUAUGAAUUUUUGGGAGGUGCUAAAAGGCACUUCCAAUGGAAGUGCAUUUGGAAUAGCAAAGUAUUGAAGGAAAUCAUGUUCUUAUAAAUUGCAAACGUUGGAUAAAAUUCCAAAUAUAGAUAACCUUAUUAAAAGGAAUAAGUUCUAGUUAAUUGGUGCUAUACAUGGAUGGGGGUGGUUUGUAACUCUUUAGUUGAGUUUAUGGAUCAUUUGAAUCUCUGACUGUUAUCCUUAGGAAGCUCUUCUUAUUGAGCUUUCCUUUAAUUAUUGAAAUUCCUUAUAAAAGUAAAAAUAUUUAUCAUCAUAAUCAAUUUUCAGUGGAAAUAAUUAGUUGAAAAGCUUGUUACAUGCUGGAAUAUAUGAGAAGAAUGUUGUUCCAUUACCUAAUCCGGUUUAGAAAUUGUCUAUGUAAAAAUUGUCAUUUCCUUUUGUAAUUUC